AUGGCUUCUAAUGAAAUUUUAUCUAUGGUUUUUGGUGAACCAAUGAAAGAAAAAGAAGAGAUUGAGCGCAAAAUUGAAACUAUUACUAGUAAUAAUAGUGAAAGUUAUAUUGAAAAAAGAAUAACUUCAAAAGUUAUAACUUCUUCAUCACAUGAUCAUGAGCUACUAGAAAGAUUAAGUGAACAUAAUCAUAUUGAAAAAAGAGCAAUGUAUAAUGUUAAUGAUGGAAGAAAUCAUCAUCAUGAAAAUCAUAUUCAUCAUGAAAAACAUUUUGAUAAAAGUCACAAUGAUAAUCAUCAAAAUAAAACAAAAAAUGUAAAUCAUUAUCAUGAAUAUACACAAAAUAACAAACAUACUACACAAAAUUUUGAGGAAACACAACCAAAAAUGUAUCAUAAAGCUCGUACUGAAUCACUCUUAUCUUCAGUUUCUUCAUCUUUAGUUGGAUCAAUUAUUGAUAAUGGUAAACAUUAUCAAAACAUUGAUCAAUUUUCAGAUAGAACAUUAACAGAUGGUGAAAGAACACCAAUUAUUGAGGAUUUUAAAUCAGUAAAAUCAGAAACAACAAUGAUACCAAGAGGGUUUGUUGAACGUGAUCUUAAAUCACCAUCUUCAACACGCCCAUCUACAGUUAUUGGUGGAUACUCAAACGGACAAAGUCAUCAAAUAAGAGAUAUUGUUAAUCAAGAAAGAAUUAAAGAAUUAACAGAACAAUUGAGAGAAGAAUUACAUUUUAGAAAUUCAUAUGUAACAGCAUACUCUGAAAUGUCAAUUGAAAAUGAAUUAGAACAUUUACCAGAUGAACCAGAAGAAGAUUCUGUAUCUAUUGCUUCUGAAAUUAUGGAAAAUAUUACCAGUGGUAGACAUUCUGCUCAUUUUCUUAAUCAUUCAACUAGACAUAGUGUUGAUCCAUUAAAUAUCAAAUUAAAAACACCAAUGAGUACACGUCAAUCAAGUAUCAUCUCUGUUAUUAAACAUGAACCAAAAAAAUUUGAAGUUAAAGAAUAUUCAUUAAAAAAACCAAUAGAACCAACACCAAAUCCAAAUCCACUUACUCCAUAUACUUUAAAACCAAAAGUAUAUAAUGGUGUACAGGAAAGAAUACAAAAGAAAAAAUCUGUACUACCAAAAUCUCCAAAUCCAACACCAAGAGAAUCAGUAAUAAGUAGUCAUUAUGAUAAUAUUCAUAAAAAUAAAAUAACAAAUAAUCAUAUGGAAAAGAAGGAUAUAUUAGUUAAUCGUAUGGAUAGUAUUAGAGUUAGUAAAGGAAAUAGUAAAAAUGAUAAAAACUAUGAUUUUAAUAUUAAAAAUGAUAAAACACUUAUAUGUUGUAAUUGUGGAUGUCAUCACGUUUUUACAAGUGGUAUUCCAAAUUUACGUUUUAGUAUUAUUAAAAGAGUUGUAGGAACAGAAUCAAGAAGAGGAAGUGUUAUAUAUCCAUCUAAUAGAACAAAAAAAUUGUCAACUAAUGAAAAAAAAUAUUUUAAUAUUGCAACAAAUUAA